AUGUCAAACUCGGGAAAUUCCAACUCAGUAUACGGGGGUGAUGAAAUUAAUGCUAUUGUAUUGGACCCCGGUUCUUUUCGUACCAGAAUAGGGUAUGCGGGAGACGAUUUCCCCAAGAUUAUAACACCUUCUUAUUAUACCGAGUCAGUUGAUAAGAAAAGAAGAUUUGAUGAUGCAAUUGAUUAUCCCAAGGCAAAUCAGCAGGUCAAGCCAAUAUUAAAGGAUAGUGUGAUCACCGAUUGGGAUGCAGCAUUGGAACAAUAUCAAUAUUAUUUUGACGAUAUAUUAAAGAUUGACUAUCAAGAACAACCAUUAUUAAUAACUGAACCAGUGUGGAAUGAUAUGGAGUAUCGUCAAAACUUAGUAGAAACAUUUUAUGAAAAGUUUGAUUUUCCAGCAUUAUAUUUAGCAAAAUCUCCCACAUGUGUUUCAUUUCAACAAGGUAGACCAAAUUGUAUAGUUGUUGAUAUUGGACAUGAUUCAGUUAGUGUUGUUCCAGUGGUUGAUGGAAUGUGUUUAUUGAAAAAUGCAGUUAGAACCCAUUACGGUGGACAUUAUUUGGAUGAUCAAAUUGAAGAUAUGUUAAAAGUUAAAGGAAUACAAUACGAAGGAAAAUAUAAAAUUAAAUCAAAAGUUCCAAUGGUUUAUCCCGACUCAAAUUAUACUUUAAAAGAUGUGGAAGUCACUCAAUCAUUUGAUGAAUAUCAAAGAAGAAAAGUAUUACACGAAUUUAAAGAAACUUUAUUACAAGUACCAGAGAAAAAAUUAAAUGUAAAUAACCCACAACAGAAUAAUGCAUUAAAAGAAUUCUAUUCACAGGAUACUUAUAAAAGAUUAUUUGAAUUACCAACAGGACAAUCAAUUGAAUUAUCCAAUGAAAGAUUUAAAUUGGCCGAUUCUCUAUUUGAUCCUCUGAAUUAUAAAUUUAGUACCGAAGAAUUAAAUAAAAAAUAUCCUUCAGAUAAUGGUGAAUUAUCUAUUAAAGGUCCCUACGAUGAUUAUAGACCAUUGAAACGUGCUCGUAAACCUGAAUCAACCCCUACUCCGGCUCCAACUGAAGAUUCUUCUCGUGCAAGAGGUUUAAGUCAAUUAAUUACUCAUGUCAUCUCUUCGGUAGACAUAGAUUUAAGAACUUCAGUAGCCCAUAACAUCAUCGUUACUGGUGGUGUUUCUCUAAUCCCCCAAUUGACAGAAAGAUUAUACACUGAGUUGUCUAAUUCAAAUCCUGGACUCAAAAUUAGGCUCCAUGCCAUCGGGAACACCAACGAAAGACUCAACCAAACUUGGAUCGGUGGUAGUGUUCUCGCGUCUCUAGGAACUUUCCACCAAAUGUGGGUCAGCAAGGAAGAAUACAAAGAAGUUGGGCCCGAUAGAAUCUUAACCCAAAGAUUUAGAUAA